AGUGUCAGGCCGCCAUGCGUACCAUCCAUCGAGGGACCAGACGACAUCCGCAACUUUAAUACAAUGUACACAUCGUGCGCCCCCAUUCUGACACCGCCAGACAAGUCUAAGUCACUAUCUGAUGUAGAGCUGAAGCUAUUCAAAGAUUUCGACUGGGUUUCCGAUAGGAUUUAA